AUGGGGGUGUCAAAACUGCAAAAGCUGUUUGUGGGCUAUGUCCCUAAACAGUCUGUGAGUUAUCCCCAUAAGGUUGAUGAGACCAGUAAAAGGCUGGUGAUCGCAAAGGAUAAAACUGCUUCUUUCUCCAAUAGCCAUUUGGACUGGUGGAAGUCCUUUGGACUUGUGGAAUGGAAUUCAACCAGGUGUGACAUUGUUCAGGAACUUGAUACUUCAAGAAAUGUGAAGGCAUCUCCAGAAACAGCCGAAAUCUUUUUUCAGAAGUUAAGAAAUAAAGGUGAAUUCACAAUUCUGGUGACCUUAAAACAAGCCCAUUUGAAUUCAGGGGUUAUUCUCUCUAUUCACCAUUUAGAUCACAGGUACCUGGAGCUGGAAAGCAGCGGUCAUCGAAAUGAAAUCAGGUUGCAUUAUCGUUCAGGCAGUCAUCGCUCCCACACAGAAGUGUUCCCAUACAUUUUGGCAGAUGAUAAAUGGCACAGACUUUCCUUAGCAAUCAGUGCCUCUCACUUGAUUUUACAUGUGGACUGCAAUAAAAUUUAUGAAAGAGUUGUGGAGAAGCCUUUCAUGGACUUACCUUUGGGUACCACCUUUUGGCUGGGACAGAGGAAUACUGCGCACGGUUAUUUUAAGGGCAUAAUGCAAGAUGUGCAAUUGCUUGUCAUGCCUCAAGGAUUUAUUUCUCAGUGCCCAGAUCUUAAUCGCACAUGCCCAACUUGUAAUGACUUCCAUGGACUUGUGCAGAAAAUUAUGGAACUGCAAGACAUUUUAGCAAAAACAUCAGCUAAGUUGUCUCAAGCUGAGCAGAGGAUGAACAAGUUGGAUCAGUGCUACUGUGAGAGAACCUGCACAAUGAAGGGCACAACCUACAGAGAGUUUGAAUCCUGGACGGAUGGCUGUAAGAACUGCACUUGCAUGAACGGUACUGUGCAGUGCGAGGCUUUGAUUUGCCCCCUUGCUGACUGCCCACUUAACUCUGCCCUGGCCUAUGUGGAUGGCAAGUGCUGCAAGGAAUGUCAAUCGGUGUGUGUAUUUGAAGGCAGAACCUACUUUGAAGGACAAAGAGAAACUGUGUAUUCAAGCUCAGGGGACUGUGUUCUGUUUGAGUGCAAGGACCACAAAAUGCAGAGAAUUCCAAAAGACAGCUGUUCAGCUUUGAACUGCCCAGAAUCUCAACAGAUCCCCUUAUCUCACAGUUGCUGCAAAGUCUGUAAAGGCCAUGACUUUUGCACUGAAGGACAUAACUGUAUGGAGCAUUCUGUCUGCCGAAACCUAGAGGACAGAGCAGUCUGUAGCUGCCGGGACGGCUUCCGAGCCCUUCGAGAGGACAAUGCUUACUGUGAAGAUAUUGAUGAGUGUGCUGAAGGGCGGCACUACUGUCGUGAGAACACCAUGUGUGUAAAUACACCAGGAUCCUUCAUGUGUGUCUGCAAAACAGGAUAUAUACGCAUUGAUGAUUAUUCAUGUACAGAGCAUGACGAAUGUGUAACCAACCAGCACAACUGUGAUGAAAACGCGCUCUGUUUCAACACCGUGGGCGGGCACAACUGCGUCUGCAAGCCAGGCUACACAGGAAAUGGUACCAUCUGCAAAGCAUUUUGCAAAGACGGGUGUAGGAAUGGAGGAGCCUGUAUUGCUUCCAACGUGUGUGCCUGCCCACAAGGCUUCACUGGGCCCAGCUGUGAAACUGACAUUGAUGAGUGCUCGGAUGGCUUUGUUCAGUGCGACAGCCGUGCCAACUGCAUUAACCUGCCUGGGUGGUACCACUGUGAAUGCAGAGAUGGCUACCAUGACAAUGGGAUGUUUUCACCAAGUGGAGAAUCCUGUGAAGACAUUGAUGAAUGUGGAACUGGAAGGCACAGCUGUGCCAAUGACACUGUUUGCUUUAACUUGGACGGUGGCUAUGACUGUCGAUGUCCUCAUGGCAAGAACUGCACUGGAGACUGUAUCCAUGAAGGCAAAAUCAAGCACAAUGGUCAGAUUUGGGUGCUGGAGAAUGACAGAUGCUCUGUCUGCUCGUGCCAGAAUGGAUAUGUGAUGUGCCGGCGAAUGGUCUGUGACUGCCAAAAUCCCACUGUUGACCUCUUCUGCUGUCCUGAGUGUGACCCGAGGCUCAGCAGUCAAUGUUUACAUCAGAGUGGGGAGCUUUCCUAUAACAGUGGUGAUUCCUGGAUACAGAACUGUCAGCAGUGCCGCUGUCUGCAAGGAGAAGUUGACUGCUGGCCCUUGCCAUGCCCAGAGGUGGACUGUGAAUUCAGCAUCCUCCCCGAGAACGAGUGCUGCCCUCGCUGUGUCACUGACCCCUGCCAAGCCGACACCAUCCGCAACGACAUCACUAAAACAUGUCUGGAUGAGACCAAUGUCAUCCGCUUCACUGGAUCCUCGUGGAUUAAACAUGGCACAGAGUGCACCCUCUGCCAGUGCAAGAAUGGCCAUGUCUGUUGCUCAGUGGAUCCACAGUGCCUUCAGGAACUGUGACACCAACAACUAUCUCUCACAAGCAGUUUCUGCGUAAUGAAUUUUCCUUCACAGAAAUAGACCUUUAGACCAAAAAUUGUUCAAAAUUAAAACAAAAUUAGGUUGGUUUUGUCUGUCUGAAGUGCAGAUAUGGGAUGAACUUGGUUACCUGAAUCAGAGUGAAAUUUAUGGGACUCAAACUCAGAUGUAAACCUUUGUAUAAGGUUAGGCCCAAGUCUUCUGGCUAUUUGUCUGUCUGGCAUCCUUGUGCAGAAUGUUUAGGUUAGUGUAAAGUGACACAUUGUAAUGCUGUACAUAAUGAUGUCAAGAUCUAAAAUCAACUAGGAGCUCU